CGGGAGUGAUCUGUCAAACAAAAAAGAAACGAGAGAUGCUUUCUCGGUUUUUGGAUGACGUGACAAGCGCAAGAAACCAUCAUCAGAUCGGAGGAACUCGGUGUCUGCGAUAGUGAAAAAAAAAAACGUAAAUCCUCCAGAACCGUAGUGAUCGACGCCGCGGACGUGUUGUUCAGAUUCCGAAAAGUGCCAGCAGAACACGAUCGUUACCGAGAAGAGUGAUUGAGUGCGGUGUGGAAGGUUGUUGCUCCCUGCAUACGACGUUUCGGGUGAUGCUAAUUCGAUAGUCGAGCAGAGGAAGAAGCUGCAGGACCAGUUUUGUAUUGGACCAAAAGUAUCAAUCACACAGUUGUGGGCCGCAGUGAUAAGGUCAAGAGCGGAACGGCGAGGGUGGUAUGAGUGGCAAAGAGCUCGGAUAUACGGACUCUGUAAAGUAGAAUCUAGCUUAAGUUGGAUCUAGGUAUAGAAUCUCGGAAAAUCUUGCUGAAGAAUCGAAAUGGAGAACAGUUCACUGAACAGUGACUACAACAAUGCAGAAGGUAGCAAGACAAACGACAACCACCAGCAGCAGGACAAGUGCAAAAGGAAAGCGCCGCUGAUGAAGAUCAAAACCUACCUCUCGGCAUUGAGGCCGUGGUCCCUGUCGGCCAGUUUGGUACCGACACUUCUGGGAGCGGCGAUUGCCUACCGGACAAUCGGAUUCUACGAGUUCAACUUUCUAACGUUUCUAUUCACGAUCUUCACCGUGGUAACGGUACACUGCGCCGGUAAUGUUGUGAACACGUACUUUGACUUUGUCAAGGGAAUCGACAACCGCAAAUCGGACGAUCGGACCUUGGUGGAUCACAUUCUCACAAAGGACGAGGUCGUCACUCUAGGAGCUCUCCUGUACUGCGCCGGAUGCUUUGGAUUCAUCUUCCUGGUUUACCUCUCGCCCGCCAAGCUGGAACAUUUGGCGUUGGUCUACUUUGGUGGGCUGUCGUCCAGUUUCCUGUACACCGGUGGCAUCGGACUGAAGUACAUCGCCCUGGGGGACGUGCUGAUUCUGGUCAUCUUCGGUCCGAUUUCGGUGCUGUUUGCCUACAUGGCCCAAACGGGGCACGUGGAAUGGAUGACCAUCUACUAUGCGAUACCACUGGCUUUGAACACGGAAGCCAUCCUGCACAGUAACAACACUCGCGAUGCGGAAUCCGACAAAAAGGUAGGCAUCGUCACGCUGGCCAUCCUGAUAGGUAAAACGUCGUCCUACAUUCUGUACGCCCUGCUCCUCUUCACGCCGUACGUCAUGUUCGUUGUGCUGGGGGUGAAAUAUUCCGGUGCGUUCCUCCUGCCGAUGGUGACCUUGCCGCAGGCGUUCAAAAUCGAGAAGCAGUUCCGCAACGAAGCAACCCUGCACGGAGUGCCAAGGCAAACGGCCAAACUUAAUCUGUUCUUCGGAAUCCUCUACGUGGUGGCGUGCUUCUGUGCCGCACAGCUGCCAUUCAUCACCCGGAAGUAAGAUGAUUGAAUGAUGCGGUCACAUUUUAUAGAUUCAAAACGUUUUUACAAUCAAGUGGUGGUUCUCGAUCGUUUUGUGUAGUUUGCGGUUUUGUUCGGGGGUAAAUUUUGAAACCGGUCUCGAUAAACGGAUUGCCGAAAAGCGGUGAUAAGCUAAGAUUCCGCUAAUUUCGAUGGAAGUUUACCGAAAUAUCGGUAAAGUGUUCUAGCUUUUAUAGAUUGGUUAGAGGAUUAUCUUAUCACAUUGUUUCUCGGCAAUUGUUAUCCGAGAUCGGCGGAAAUAUUUGGACGUGAUUGGUUCACACUGAUCUGAAAGCUGGCAUGCCUGUGGGGUUGCUGAUAACAAUAAGUAACGUGUUUUAAAACUAAUAAUUUUACUGAAAAGAGUAAUUGUAAAAUCUGGAAAUAUAUUUUUGACAAAAUUUAAUAUUACUGGUGCAAUUCCAAAAACUUUAAACAUUGAGUAUGCUUUUCUUGAUAACUGCUAAAAUUAAGCUUUUUGGAAGAUAUAUAAAAAAAUGUCCCAAUCGAUUCUUUCAUCUUUUGUUCGAUAGAUAAAGUAAGCAGGGAAUUGAACCAAGUAAGUCUCUUGUCAGAUAGUUGUGCCACAGACAAGCAGACGUAACACUGCUGAAAUGUCCAUCUACCACGCUUUUAACGAUCAUUUUUAAUAUACAUAGUUGUGGCUUUCACAACCAAAAGCGCGCGCAUAGUUUUUCUUUGCGUUUGACGUUUCACACUACCGCCUUCUGUUGACGAUAUUGCACAACGUAGUGUUUCGUGAAACAUUUCCACCAGAUGAUGGUAGUGUGAACUGGGCGAUGGAUUUUCACGAAAACUGUUCUAGGUGUUGCGUCUGUUUGUCUGUGUAUGUGCGUUUACCGGCAGAGCUAUGAGGGUUAAUAACAAACAACCCACACUUGCUUUCUCGCACUCUGAUCGCUGAGGCAGCUUUGCAUGAAGAAUGAAAUUAUGCAAUAUUUUCUGUGAGAAUAAUUUUCAAGAAGUGCGAGAAAAUCAGCAACCGAUGUAUCUGCAUAAGUUGGAUAAAUGGCGUUGUUUCUUAACCUUUUGAGGUCUAAAUUUGUUUCUGACUAGGUUAAAUAGAUAAAUGAAAAACUGUUUUCAAAUUUCUUGCAGCAUGCACGGUUGAAGACGUAUCACUAACAGACGUAUCACUUGGAAUUCCGAUUAAAAUGAUCGUCACGAAAACAUAAUCGCCUAAUGUUAAUCACGCUCUGCUUCACAAAUUUUCAUCCGUGAUUGUGGAGCCUCGUAGUCGUGCGGUUAGGGUCACCAAGCUUCUAAUCGCACCAUGCUAUGGGGUGAGGGUUCGAUUCCCGCUCCGGACGAUGAAACUUUUUUUGAGAAUAGUUUCUUCUCCGUAUCCACUGGUGCAUGAUCCGUGUGUCCCUUGUCUAGUGUUGUUUCAUUCAGUCUGUACAGCUUCUGGCUGAAGACGGUGUCCGCGUCUUUUUAAAAACGCUCACUACGUUGUUGUAGUGGGUAAACAUCAAACUAAAGCAAAAAAUAUACGAGCGCCGUGCAAACUACAGAAUAUUUGAACCAAACAUUCAAAAAAUGAAGAAUUGGUAGUGAUCCAAAUGUGUUUUACUGAAGAAUGAACUUUUGACCUCCCAUGUCUCACCAACCCGUUAAGUGGGUAUAGCAAACACAGCAUUAUUUGUGGGAACCCUUUAAGCGUUAUGAUGAAGCUUUGCCGAGCUCGCCAAGCGUUAUCAGACCACUAAUGUAUUGCAUCAGGUGGGAUUUUAAAGUAUUGUCAAAGCGUGCCUAAUGAUUAUUGUAACAUUUGAGAAGCUCGUUCUAGACUAGAACGGAGACCUUCUGACGAUAACAGGAAAAGAAAUUGCCGUAGACGUCAUUUGGCAUAUCUGAUGUUGUGAAAAUUAAUAAAAAUGUAUUGUUCUUUGAACAAAAAUGUUAGCAAUAGAUUUUCAAAAAAUGACCAGAUUCCGUGCGCGCAGAUUUCAGCUUCAGAUCAGCUAUAACAGAAAUGCAUUCAAACAGAAAUUUCAAAUGAGCGAGAACUAUAAACCAUCUACGUUAUAAAGGGCGAACACGAUGAAAUUGCCACACAGAAAAUAUUGUAUAACUUUUGAUUGCGUUUGCCAAAAUAGCUAAUUUUUUUUACCAUGAAUAGUAUAUUAUGUGUAGGUAAUACCAUAAAAUUUUCAUUAAAAUUGGUUGAGUAAUGGCGGAGAUAUCGUUGAAACAAGGAAAUUGCCACUUGAGAAUCUUGUGCAAACAAACAUUUUGGAAAAUAUCACUUUUUUUGCCGUUUCAACGCUGGCGCCAAAAAUACUGAACCGAUUUCAAUGAAAUUUUUUUUGUACGUAAAGUAUGUAUGUAGAAGUAGUUUGUCAAAAUUUCAUUCAAUUUGAUCAUACCGUUAAAAAGUUAUAGCCAUAUAUGUCGCACUAUGUCACAAUAAGCAGAUGUGGUUUUUGGUAUAGUGAAAUUCAAACUGCUCUUACUUUGAAAGUACUCAACAAAAAUGGCUGAAAUUUUCACUGUAAACAGUUUAACACAACAAUUUUACACUGUGAAAGUUUUAUAAAAAUCGGGACAGUGUUACCAGUUCUACAGUCAAAAUAGUGCACGCGGAACUAAAAAUGGUCAAAAAGUACCUAAAAUUUACCUUGAAGCGAUUUGAGCUUUGGAUAUUUACUAGAAAAAGUACUGAACCGAUUUCGAUUAAAUUUUUACCACUUAAUUGAAACUAUGUUAAGAAUAUCGAGUGAAAUUUUCAAACGUUUUGAUGAGGUAACAAAAAAGUUAUAGCCUAAGUAAUUUUUUGAAAUGAGUGUACAAGUUUUCUAAAAUCUCAUUUUAUGAUAUCGACAAUAUAUGCGCCAAUACUCAACCGAUUUUAAUGAAAAUUUUAUGGUAUUAGCUACACAUAAUAUACUGUUCAUGGUCAAAAAAAUAGCUAUUUUGACGAACGCAAUCAAAAGUUAUACAAUAUUUUCUGUGUGGCAAUUUCAUCGUAUUCGCCCUUUAACCAACCUAAUCAGAUUUGUAAUACGUAAGCCCUGCAAAGUCGUAUGUUAUAAAGCCGAUUGCGAUUUAGCUAGUUCUUGAUUCUAUACGCCAUUUACACUCCAUCGUUAUUACCGAUACCCAAGCUGAUACCUAUCUACUGCACCAGUAGCAAUACAGGAAACAAUCUCCUCUGAAGAUUAAUUUUAGAACACUGCAUUACAGUAGAUGCUCGAUUAUUUCAAAAUGUCAGAGUUGCACAACACAUGCAAAACAAAAUAAUGGUCAUUCGAUAACUACUAAAACUUGCGGUAAUCGACCGUCUACUGUAUCGGUCAUGAUGGUGCAUGGUAGCUCCCUCAACGUACUCACCGUCAUUAUUACAUCACUGCUCUGUACUGCACCGAUCAAUUGGAUCGCGCUAGAAACAUACUAGUUGUUAGUAAUUUAUUCUUCUGUCAAGUUAAGUUUACUUUUAUAAUUUUGCAACACUUCAGUAGUAGACCGCGUAGAAUACAUGUCUUGUCAUUACAGAAAUCGCGAUCGGUUGUUAUCAGGCAGGGAAGAUUUUAGGUUACAAUACUUUGCUAGUACUGCCUGUUCUACUUGUCAUCGGUAAAAAAAAAACGGCUUCACGCUACACAUGAGGUAUAAUAUUUGGAGGCGCCCCCUUUUCGUGAUCUAGUUGUCCGCAGAAAGACCGAGAUUAAAAUAUUCAAUUGCAAGAGGUCAAAAACCAUACCUAUGUUAUCCCUGCGGCAUAAUGUUGCCUCCUAUCAUGCGAUUUUUUUGAAAUGUUUGUCGUGGCAACUGUAUAUUGAAUAUAUGACUAUUUUACAUUAAAUAUCAUCUCUCUAUCAUUCGAUAAUUUUAGAGAAUCUCUUGCCAACAUUGACUGUUCUAUUGAAACUAACUGUUAUUUUCGGAACACUAUUCAGACUACAUCGAUACUAUGUUACCGAAAGUGUUUAAAUACUCUGCUUUUAGAAGCAUUUUCUGUCAUAUUGAAACUAACCGAAAAGGGGGUGCUUCUUUCACAAGUUGAAACCCCAGCUUGGCCUACAUAUCAAAGACCUGAACAUAUUGGAACACGAAUUAAACCAAAAUGUUAACCCCACCCAAUACAGAACAAAGUAGAUCCUAAUCGAAAUCCAUGAAAUCAAUUCUAAAAACCAUUAACAAAGAAAGAUCGUACUUAAUGAAAAAAAAAACAAAUUUUGAGAGAUUUCCUAUUCAUAUCGUUACUUAUUUUAGGUAUUAUAAUUUCCUCUGUUUUCUAAGACGAUAUAAAAAAUUCCAGAUUAUAGUAGAAGCUUCAAAUGGAUGCUUACCAGUGCUACUUUAUGGUGCUGGAAUUUAGCAAAGUGAGAGACAAUAAUUAGUAGUACUAAAAUAAUAAACGUUUAUAUCGAUAUCAACCAAAUGGCGAAAUUAUAACGAAAACUACCAACCACAUCGUAAAAGAAUAAUGAUGAUAGAGAAAAAAAAAAUGGAAGCAAAAAUGAAACGACGGAUACGAAAUAGUUUUCACAAUCUUUUAAUCUUCUAUCUAUUUUUUUAAUCUAAGUUAUUUAGAGAAUGAAAACUUUGAACCAGUUGAAAAAACAAAACAUUAUCUGUUGAUUGUUCGAACAGAGAUACCUAAUAACUGCUAUAAGAGCUUCAAGCACGUACAUUCAAUAAGAAAUAAGUUUCUUUUUCAUGGCAAAACAGUAAAAUGCUGGCAAACUGUCGCCAUUGAUCGAUGCGCUCUCGUUUACUAAAUUUAUUUAAAGUAUAAAAUCAGUUGUUGUAACGGAAAAUGUUAUAUAGAUGAAACACUUCCAGAUGUGUCACAAGGAUGAAACCAGUGGUAGAACUUUUUUAAGCGUUCUUCGUUUUACGGUUUUCGGACAACUCGAUGUCAUUCGUUACGCAAGCUAUAUAUGUACAGUGUCGGACAAAACAAUAAGACCAGCGGUCCUAUUUCAUACAAAAUGGCCAAGUUUGACGAUACGAUACUCGGUUUCUAGUAGACCGAUUUGCCUGAAAUUUUGACAGCCGACUUGGAAUUACGGGAAUUUUGAUUUGUAUAAAAUUUAUUGAGUUCUGUUCACUACUUCCAAAGUUACAGAUAUACGGUGCGACAAAAUUCUAACACCAGAUUUUCAUGAUGGUUAUUCGUUGCCAAUUCAAUAAAAAUAUCCCCAAGUUUAAAUGGCAUCCUUAAUUUCAGUACUUGUUUAUCAAUCAUCAAGUAUCAGAUACUCUCAAAUAUUCUUUGGUAAUGGUAAUCUGAAAGCGGUCCUAUUAUUUUGUCGUUUCGUAUGUCUGUAACUUUUGAUGUAGUGAACAGAACUCAAUCAAUUAAAUACAAAUCAAAAUUCACGUAACUCCAUGGCGGUUGUCAAAAUUUCAGCCUAAUUGGUUCACUAGAAACCGAGCAUCAGAUCGUCAAACUUGGCCAUUUUGUAUGAAAAAUGGCCGGUGGUCUUAUUGUUUUGUCCGACACUGUAUAUUAUUCUGUUCGGAAGUGCAAUUAGAAAGCGUACACAUAAUGUGUAAUUUGUAGCUAUUGUUUGCAAACCUUUCAAAUUAGGGCAUCAAAAAAGCUUUCGUAUGAGUCCGUUGCUUCAAUGACGGAAUCUGUCGGGUUGAGAAAUCAAUGGUCUUUUACAUGAGAGAUGAAGGACUAGCU